CCGCCGCGCGCGCUUUGACAAAGUGCGAAGUGGGCCUGAGCUCCCGCGCGGGGGUGUGAGUGAUGUUCUCCGGGCUUCUUCCGCGUUUGGCGCUUUCACCCUGGCCGUCCCUAGCGCGGCCACCUUCUUUUUCCUCACUCUGUCUACUUCCAUUUCUGGGAUGGUUUUCCUUUAGGGCUUCUGGACUUGUUCUUGAGUCCACAUGUCUUCGGGACGCUGUGGUGGAAGCCUCACUCAGGAGAGCGGUUGCCGCGAAGAUACCACUGGGUGACUCCUCAACUCUGCCACCAUGAACGGGGUCGUAAUCCCCCAAACGCCCAUUGCUGUGGACUUUUGGAGCCUGCGCCGUGCUGGUACAGCGCGGCUCUUCUUCUUAUCCCACAUGCACUGUGACCACACGGUGGGCCUGUCUAGCACUUGGGCACGGCCCCUCUACUGCUCUCCCAUCACUGCCCACCUCUUGCAUCGUCGCCUGCAGGUAUCUAAGCAGUGGAUCCGAGCCCUGGAGAUUGGUGAGAGCCAUGUAUUACCUCUAGAUGAAAUUGGGCAAGAAACCAUGACUGUAACCCUCAUAGAUGCCAAUCACUGUCCUGGUUCUGUCAUGUUUCUCUUUGAAGGAUACUUUGGAACAAUUCUCUACACAGGCGAUUUUCGAUAUACACCAUCCAUGCUGAAGGAGCCUGCUCUGAUCCUGGGGAAACAGAUUCAUACUUUAUAUCUAGACAACACUAAUUGCAAUCCAGCCCUGGUUCUUCCUUCCCGACAAGAAGCUACUCAGCAGAUUGUCCAGCUAAUUCGACAGUUCCCACAGCACAACAUAAAGAUUGGACUCUAUAGUCUAGGAAAAGAAUCACUGCUGGAGCAACUAGCCCUUGAGUUUCGGACCUGGGUGGUAUUGAGUCCUCAACGCCUGGAGUUGGUACAGUUGCUGGGCCUGGCAGACGUGUUCACAGUUGAGGAAAAAGCGGGGCGCAUCCAUGCUGUGGACCAUAUGGAGAUCUGCCAUUCUGCCAUGCUUCGGUGGAACCAGAUUCAUCCUACCAUUGCUAUUUUCCCCACAAGCCGGAAAAUACGCAGCCCUCACCCCAGCAUCUACACCAUCCCUUACACUGACCAUUCAUCCUACUCUGAGCUUCGUGCUUUUGUUGCAGCCCUGAGGCCUUGUCAGGUGGUGCCUAUAGUCCAUCAAAAGCCUUGUGGAGAGUUCUUUCAGGACAGUUUGAGUCCUAGGCUCUCUGUGCCUCUGAUUCCAUACUCUGUGCAGCAGUACAUGAGUUCCUCCUCUAGGAAAACAAAUGUGCUUUGGCAGUUAGAAAGGAGGCUAAAGAGGCCAAGAACCCAGGGUGUUGUAUUUGAAUCCCCUGAGGAGAGAGCUAAUCAGGUCAAAGUUGACAGAGACUCAAAGAAACAAAAAAAAGAAAACCACUCUCCCUGGGCUGGGGACCUUGAGAGGUUUUGCCCACAUCCUUUGCAGGCCAGGAAGCAGUUGUUUCCAGACGUCUGCAGGAAAGAAUGUGAUGAGCCAGUCCUCUUUUGUGACUCCAACAAGAUGGCGACUGUGUUGACUGCUCCAUUGGAAUUUUCAGUACAAUUACAGCCUGUAGAUGAGUUUCUCUUUCCAGAAACCAGGGAGGAAAUUGGCUUGGGGGCCCCAUUGCUGUCAAGGGGAGGCAGUGGCUCACCAAGAGGUAACCAAAGCAACCCCAUAGGCAGUGAUUCUCCCCCAUCUCCUGUUAGCAGAGCUACUCAUCUAACUCCUGAGUCCAGGGGCCUGGCACUAAAAUACCUUCUUACUCCAGUGGAUUUCCUCCAAGCAGGGUUCUCUUCCAGGAACUUCGACAAGCAAGUGGAAAAACACCAGAGAGUACAGUGUAACCAUCCUGCAGUUCUGAACACAGUGGAUGAUGCAGAGAGUACAGUGUAACAAUCUGCAGUUUUAAACACAGUGGGUGAUCACUAGUGGGAAGAAUUGGCUUGGUGUCUAACUUUACAGAAUCCAGUGGCUCACCCUAAGUAGCUCUUCUGAAGCUCUUUAUGAAGUCCUGGUGCCUAUGAAACCCUUAGUUUUAUAUAUUAUUUUAAUUUUAUUAUAUGUAAGAAACAGUUAUUAUAUAAUAAUUUUAUAAACUAUUCAGUGUUCAUAAGCACAUUAAAAGUUCUUGAAGUUCCUUAGCAAUUUAAUUUGUUCCACUUGGUUUAGCCCAGUUUUUCUCAAGCCUUUAUCAACAUGAAGUUCGUUUGUUUUGUGUUUUGUUUUGUUUGAGUCAAAAAAAAUAGAGUCAGACUCAAAAAGAACCAGGCUUGUCCCAUUAUUAUUUCAUUUGUCUGUGUCCCCCAUCCUCAAGUCCCCAUCAUUCUCUUCCCAGAUAAACGUCUGUAGGUUAUUUGUUUUCAGAUUGUAAUUCAUGGUGUUGGAGGAUAAAAUGGGAGUUUGGAGCAGCAUGUUCUAACCCUGACUGUCACCGACUUGCUGUGACAUGACCCUAACCAAGUAACUUCCUGUCUCUGCCUCUUGGAGAGAACAGGAAACUAUGAAGAAGCAUUGAAACAGUGUUAGGAAAAUAAUACCUUCCUCUUUCAUGAAGGGGUUUAGUAACUGUCAUGGGACAUCCAUCUGGAACGUAGCCAUUUGGAGGUUAGGCACCACACACCAAGGUAGUGCAUGGAAUAAGCUGAACAUAAAGGUUUAGAAUAUGAGAGAACUACUGGAUGCUUGGAGACACUACUUUGUUAAAGCUACAGAAGAUCAAAUGUGCUGCCAGAUAUUCUCUGAUUGUUCACAUAGCUGGGAUUUUCCCCCCACCCCCACAAGUUUGAAUUAAGGAGCCAGAGCACAGAGCUUGUUUGUUUUAGUAUCCAGGGGAGAGACCAAGGAGCCAGCUGGCUGGAACGGGUCAGAGUGUGCAGUUCUACCCUGCCCUGCUCAUAACCUGAUGAAGUGCCAAGCCAAUAAGCAAGACAGCUGAUAGCACAGCCAUGAGGAAAUGCGCUCUGGGAGGGGGCAAGCGAGGAGCAGCCUCUGCCUGGGACCCCGAGCCUUAGCAAUAAAGAAAGCCUUGAGAAGGAGGGAGGAGCUUUGCUACUUUGGGAGGGAGAAGUGAUGUUUAGUGAACGAAAUAAAAGUUUGCUCUUGGA